AUGAAUGACAUGAAUGAUGACUUUGGAGUAACCAUGGGAUACACAAAAGCAUGGAGAUCAAGAGAAAAAGAUUUGCUUCUAGUAAGAGGGAACCCUGAUGAUUCAUAUCAAAAGUUGCCAAUGUAUCUUUACAUGUUGAAGCAAGCAAAUCCAGGAACAGUAACACAUCUACUCACAAACAAUGAAGAUAGAUUCAAAUACUUGUACAUAGCUUUCUCUAACUCAAUCAAAGGAUUGGCUAUUGUUUCCGACAGACACAAGAGCAUAGAGAAUGCAGUAUAUAUAGUGUACCCAAAUGUGUUCCAUGGAGCUUGCAUGUAUCACUUGCUCAAUAAUUUGAAAAGCAAGUAUGGAAACCAUGGAGAAGAGCUACAAAUGAAUUUCAUUGCAGUAGCAAAAGCAUUCACAAAAAUAGAAUGUGAACACUACAUGAGAAGCCUUGAUAGACUUGACAGACGCAUUAGACCCUAUUUAGAGAAAGCCAAGUAUAAAACUUGGGCAAGAUCAUACUCACCAACAAAAAGACACAUCGUGAUGACAUCCAAUAUCGCAGAAUCGCUCAACGCUGCACUAAAAGCUACAAGAAAUCUCCCUAUUGAUAUCUUUGUUGAGUGUCUUAGAAGUUUGGUUCAAAAGUGGGUUUGGAACAAUUCAAAUAAUGCAAAUGGAACAUUCACAAAAGUGUCUACAGCAACAGAAAAUGAGUUGAGACAUGACAUUGUUUCAAAAAUGAAGUAUGAGGUCUUACUUUUCAACCCAAUAGAAUAUCAAGUUCGUGAUGAAAAGGGGACCAAUUUCACAGUAAAUAUACACAAUAGAACAUGUACAUGUAAUAGGUUUCAAGAAGAUGAAAUGCCUUAUGGGCAUGCAGUAGCUGUAAUUGCAAAGAGAAACUUGGGAGUGUAUGAUUCCUGUGCAAAGUUUUACAAAACAGAAACUUUGAAAGCAAUGUAUGAAGAAAAUGUUCAUCCUUUGCCCCAUAAAGAUGAAUGGAAUCUCCCACAACACUUAGACAUAGUGGUGUUACCUCCAAAGGCAACAAUCCCUGCAGGAAGACCAAGAAAGAAAAGAAUAAGAUCAAGAGGAGAACCAAAAGUGAUAAUCACCUGUGGUAAAUGUGACCAACCAGGACAUAGCAGGAAGACUUGCAGGAAUCCACCAAUUGACAAGGCAAACAAGCAGAAAAAACAAAAGUCAUAG